AUGUCGUCGCUUCUGAGAUCUACAAAAUUUGUGCGGUACUUUACUGGUGCGGCGAGGACGCUAAUUCUUAACUCAGCUAAGACCGCAGAAGCCAAUGCAUUUGCUAAUCCGAAGGCUUUGUGUGCAGCUAACAAUGUAUUCCUGAGAGAUUAUGCCACAACAAAGAAAACAGAGAGUUUGGAACCGCUGCUGCAAAAACUAGACUCUGAAGUGAGGAGGUUUGGGCGCAUCACUAAGAAAGACAUUGAUGAAGUGUUUGAUGAAUUGCAGUCCAAAAAUGACAUCACUAGUUCCCAGUCUCUUCUUGUAAUUAGAUGUUGCGGUGAGUUAGUCCCGGAAGAGUUACCAGAGCAGAGAACUCUCCUUGUUCAGAAAAUAUGGGGAGUAUUGACAGAGAGAGGCAUCCCAAUGGACAUAUCACACUACAAUGCAUUGCUCAGGGUUUAUGUAGAAAAUGAACAUCCAUUUUCACCCGCUCAGUUCCUGGAGGAACUGGAAAGGAAAGGCUUGCAACCCAAUAGAGUCACAUACCAGAGACUCAUGUGGCGGUACUGCCAAGAAGGUGAUGUUGAGGGUGCAACGAAAGUUCUGGAAAAAAUGCGUGAGCUUCACAUGCCAGUCUCAGAGCCAGUAUUGAAUGCUCUUGUGAUGGGCCACGCUUUCCAUGGAGACACAGACGGCGCUAAAGCCGUUUUAGAAACUAUGGCUGGUGCUGGUCUCCAACCAUCUAACAGAACCUACACUCUACUUGCAUGUGGAUAUGCAAAGCAAGGCAAUAUUGACGGUGUGCAAAAUGUGAUCAAAACGGCCAAAGACAAAGAUGCUUUUAUGACUGAUAAGGAUAUUCUAGACAUCAUUGAACAUCUGACACUUGGUGGUCAUGGAGACAAAGUAGAUCAGCUGUUUGAGCAUUUACAAAAAGGUAUUGGUUAUAAUCAAGAUGUCUGCAACCUUAUUCUUAGGUUGCUAAACAAGGGACAUGACGAUGUAGCCAAGAAAAUAAUGGGGACAAUGCCAAGGGCAUCAAGUACAGGUGAUACUCCAUUCAAGGGAGCUUUCUUUAUCAAACAGCUCCUACGGUUAAACAGAUCUUCAGAUAAUAUAGUUAAGUCAUGCAAAGAAUUAAUGUCCGAAAAUUUGGUACCCAAUGCCCUGUAUAUUGCUACGGAAUGUGCACUCCAACAAGGCAAUAUAGAGUUGGCUGAAAAAUUAUUUGAUGAAUUACAUCAAAAUGGUGUAGAAAUUCGACAGCAUUACUACUGGCCACUGCUUGCUCAUCGAGGAAAAGAAAAAGACGAGGAAGGACUCCUACAGAUCAUCAGGAAUAUGACCACUAAGGGCCUUGCGCCAUCUGGUGAAGCUCUUAGGGAUUACGUCAUACCCUACUUAAUAGGCAAGGAUAAACCUCACGAAGUUAUACUUAAGCUUCAAUUAGCAAAUGUGCCUGUGAUGCUCGCUGCCAGGAACUUGAUCAUCGAAUUAUUGGAAUCAGGUAAAACAAAACAGGCGGCUGAAAUCGCGUUACAAUACAGACCGAGAGGCCAAUACGCUUUAUUUGCUAGGUCUCUUAUUGGCGCAUUGAACAAAACUAAAGAUAUUAAAUCAUUUGUUACCAUAUUGCAUGUGAUAAGUAGCAAGCCAACAAACAUUCAAACGGAACAAGAUUCCGCUAACGACGACGUGCAAGAAGACGACAAUGAUAUCAACGAAGUUGGUCGCAUCGUUAAAACUGGUAUUAAAUAUAUUUCCGCUCCCGAAAUGCGUGAACAACUUUUAGAAGCGUUAUACGCUAAGGGUAUUCGGAUUUCAACGGAAACUGCUGAAGCCAUUGAACAAUACCUUGGUGAAAAUAUGACCACAAAUCAAUCGAAUCUGCUGUCAAAACUGACUUCAUCCGACCUUGAGGCUGUUCCAAUAGAAAGUAGUCGUCAAAGUGGACUCCCUCGUUCACCUGUUCAAUUAGAACAAUUACUUGCUAAGAUUAAUGAUACGGAUAACAACUAUAAAAACCGCAUACGUAAGCAGCUUAUCACAGCGUACAUGAAAAACAAUGAUGUGGACAAGUUAGAUAUGUUCCUAGAACAACUGAAAUCGACAGACUUUACACUAUCAAAUGGAUUGCUCUCUCAACUAUUUGAAUUCUAUUGUGAAAACGGUGACAUUGAUAAGGCCCUUAAAUGUAAAGAUCAAAUUUUAGCUAACUCUCCAAAUUUCGUAUUUAGCAGAUUUAAAAGUAUCAUAAUGGCGUAUGCUUUGGUCAAAACCGAUAGGUAUGACGAAGCAGUUCAAUUAUUAAAGGAUAAUAGGCCUAGUGAGUUGGAAAGCGCAGGCUUCUUGUUGAAUUCCAAAUGUUGGCAAUUGUUGAACACAUUGGCUGAGAAAAAGGAUGAGGUUAAGGUGAAAGAGAUGACCAAUAUUCUGAUUGAAAACAAUUAUGUAGAGCCGUCAAAUGUAAUCUUAGGACCAUUAAUUAAAGUGCACAUGCUGAAAGAUGACUUGGAGAGUGCACUAAAGGAAUUUGAGCAUUGUUGCAAGCAAUACAGAUGCACCCCUUGGAAGGGAGAAUUGAUGAAAGUGCUCAUCAUGCGGGAAGAUGCUAACAAAUUGCAAUGGCUGGCAGAUAUUAGCACUCAGAUCCAUGGUGAAGUGAAUAUACUCCAUGACUUGGUCCUAGCCUUCGUUGAGUGCGGACGACUGCGCCAGGCGCGUCGGAUUCUGGAGACGCCCGGCCUGCAGACGCGCAAUCGCCGCUUGGAAAACGCUUGCCAGAGAUAUGUUGAGGAAGGGAAGUCAGAACAUCUCGAGGGACUCCUCGAGGCGACACGUGAAUUAUCACACAUCGAUCGCUCGAACAUUUUCUACCAUCUACUUAUCAGCUAUUGUAAGGAAGACCAAACUGACAAAGCCCUUGGUCUCUGGACAAUACUUCAAGAAGAUGGCGAAAUCCCAAGCGAUCAGUUCCUUCAACACCUGGGAGCUCAUUUAAAAUCGAAGAAUAGAAAUGUUCCAUUUGUAAUACCUGAAGAAAUACUUAAGAAAAAUGGAAGUAAAAAAGAAACAAAUGCCAAAGUUAAUCAGACACAAGCAGGUGAAAGCAUAACGAAAAACUCAGUGUCUUCACAAAUCGAAUCACUGAUUAAUGAAGGAAAUUUGGAUCAGGCCACAGACAUAACAUUAAAAGCUUUUGAAGUUGGAAAUGUGCCAAAACACACGGUUUUGAAGUAUUUAUUGAAAACUCUGGGUGAGGCGGGUGAGGUUGAGAAAAUUCAGCAAUUAAGCAAAUACAUUAAUGAGUCCUUGAGACGGCGAUUGGCGUUUGACAACAAGAUGAUUCUGGCGGUGUUCAAGCGAGGUGCGGCGUCGCAACAUGUCGACAAUCUACUUCAGUCAGUAGAAGCGGCACAAUCACACGAUGAAUUAAAGACGGCUCUAAUCAAAUUUCCAAGAAGCACUGCCCUGGCUUCAAUAAUUGACAAACCUGAGGAUAUCAAAAAAUGUAAAGAAGUAGCCGAAAUUGCCGCAACAAAAGGUGACAAUAUUCCAAUUAAUCUUAUAUGGAUGGAAUAUAUUCUAGCUGGUAAAGACAAAGAGGCACAGGAAAUUUGGGACAAAUAUCUUAUAAAGGCACCAGUUGUUAUCUUCAGGAGAUUAUUACAAGCAAGCCACACAUGUAAAGACCCACAAAUUAUUGAGAAACUUAUAAGCACACUUGAAACUAACAAAGUACUACAACCGUCAUCACUCGGCAAUGCCUACUCUAGAUUAAUAAAUUACCAUGUACUGGAAAACAAUUUGGAAGAUGCCCUUAAGGUUUUAGAGAAGGCAGUGCAGUCAGGAUUGCAGUUAGCAGAUAUCAACAAAACAAGUUUAGCAAGAUUGAAGGCGGCUGCAGAGACGGCGGGAAAAGAGUUUAAAUACUCUGUAUAAAUAUUAAGCCAUUGGAGUUUCCAGGGCUAUUUGUGUAUGCCUGUGUUAAUUUGUUUAUGAAUGUAAAUAUGGGUGAAAUAAUAAUCAAUAGAGGUUAUAUCUGUCUAAACUUGCUUUAUAAAAAUAAACAUCCUGGACAUAAUAUAAUGCAAAAUUUCGAGUUAGCUUAUUUGUAUUUACAGUAUUUCUGUCAUUGUCAUUGUCAGUCACUUUCAACUACAUUGAUAUAUGAAUACUAAGCAAAAUAAUAAGAAACCAAAUACUGAAUUUACAAUGUAGUUUUCAAUAUUAAUCUUUAAUAAAUUAUUAGGUGGUUAAUAAAAA